AUGGACCCAGUCAAGGUCACUGGCGUUAUGGAUUGGCCGCGUCCGCACAACAUCAAGGAGGUUCAGUCAUUCAUCGGAUUUGCCAACUUUUACCACCGCUUCAUCACCGACUUUUCGUUCAUUGCACGCUCUCUCUUUGAACUAACCAAGAAGACGGUUGCCUGGCGCUGGGAGGAUGCGGAGCAAGAGGCCUUUGAUAAGAUGAAACAUGCAUUUACGUCGUCCCCUGACAAUGACUGGCAUCCAGUGGUGUACCUCUCCCAUGCCCUCACCACCCUGGAACGCAACUACGAUACCCACAACAAGGAACUGCUGGCCAUCAUCCGCGCGCUCGAGGAUUGGCGCCAUUACCUCGAGGGUUCCCCUCACCAAGUCGAGAUCUUUACCGACCACAAGAACCUCAAGUACUUCACCACUGCGCAGAAGCUGAACAGACGCCAGGCUUGGUGGGCCCUAUACCUAUCCCGCUUUGAUUUCAUCCUCCGCCAUCGCCCGGGCCAAUACAACCAUGCCGACCCCAUGUCCCGCCAUCUUGAUCAUUGCCUCGGCAUCUCCGAGGACAACUCUAACCGUGUCCUGUUCCUAGCGGCCAAGGUGUCCAUUAACGCCACUCAGCUGGUAUCCCUGGACGAUGUCAGGCAACAAAUCCUGGACACGGACGUGAAGGACCAGGAGGUCAUGGAAGCAUUGUGCAUCAUCAAGGAGGAGGGACUGGCCGCAUUGAAGCGCAAGCUUGUUGGUUGGAAACAGAAGGACAGUCUCCUGACAUACAACAGCCGCCUCUACAUCCCAGAGAACCAGGACCUGCGACACAACAUUGUGCAUCUCUGUCAUGAUACACUGGCCGUGGGCCAUCCUGGAUGCAUGCGUACAAUGGAACUCGUACAGAGGGACUUCUGGUGGCCCGGUAUGUCAGUUUUCAUCCACAAAUACAUUUGA